AUGACUAACUCUUCUGGCCAAGGAAACAAUCCAUCUGCUCCUGUUGCUGCUAGGAAUCCACCUGCUGGUAAUACUUAUAAUGUUCCUAAUGCUAGUGGUAAUGGGACUGGUAAAGCGGUUGGUAAAACCGCUAAUGGGGGACAAGCCCGAUUUUAUGGUUUGACUCGUAGGGCGGCAGCUGAAGCCUCGGAUGCUGUGGUCAUAGGUAUUCUAACUAUUUUCUCUUUUGAUGAGGAUUCGUUGAUUGAUCCGGGUUCAAAUCUCUCUUAUGUAACACCAUAUUUUGCUCUUGAUUUUGGGGUUGAGCCCGAACUAUUGUUAGAACCUUUUUCUGUGGAUACCUCUGCUAGUGUUCCCGUUGUUGCUUCUAUAGUUUAUAGAAACUACGUAGUUGUAAUUAAAGAUCUUGAGACUAUAGCUGACCUGUUCAAACUAGAAAUGGUAGAUUUUGAGAUGAUUAUGGGGAUGGAUUGGCUGUCUGAGUGUUAUACAAAUGUGGAUUACCGGCAUAAAUUAGUUCGUUUUGAAUUCCCUAAUGAACCAGUUAUUAUGUGGCAAGGUGAAAUUGCUAAGCCUCGAGAAGACCUUCCUGGUGUCCCACCUGAUAGAGUUAUUGAUUUUGGGAUUGAUGUCAUUCCCGAUACUCAACAAUCUCUAUUCUACCGUAUUAGUCGUGAAGAGCAUGUAGGUAAUUUGAGAAUAACUUUGAAAAUGCUUGAGGAGAAUAAGCUUUAUGCAAGAUUUUCUAACUGUGAGUUCUGGCUUAACUCCAUGGAUUUCUCCGUCCAUGUGGUGUCCAGCGAAGGUAUUAAGGUUGACCCUCAGAAAAUUUCGGCAGUCAGGGACUGGCCUAGGCCUACAAGUGCAACAGAUAUUCGUAGCUUCAUGGAUUUGGCAAAUUACUAUCGGAAGUUUGUGGAAGAUUUCUCAUCUAUAGCUGCACCACUAACGAAAUUGACUCAGAAGGCUGCUAAAUUCCAAUGGUCUGAAGCUUGUGAAAAGAGCUCUCAAGAGCUUAAGGAGAGAUCUGACUUCAGCUCCUGUUUUGACUCUACCUUAAGGGAUAUGCCGAUAGGCAGGGAAAUUCGAAGACUUGCUAGUUUUGGGGUCCGACUCGAUGAAACUGAAAAUGGGGAGCUAGUGGGAAAGGGUGAGAACACUUUAUUCACUGUGGGUGCAGAUAAUGAUGUUCUGCGAUUGCAACGAUGCUUAUGUGUCCCUGAUGCUGAUGGCCUUCGGCAAGAAUAG